UGUUCUUGUAGCGCCGCGGCCUCGCCAUGGCGCCGCAAUUCGUCGUUACGCCCUGGCGAGAUGCCGAUGAGCUACUUACCGUACGGCGCGAUCUCUUUGCUGCAGACGACGAUGUUGCGCGCGAGAGAGCAGUGAACAAGAUUAUCGCAUGGCGGGCGCGAAAGCUCGAGCUGCCUUUGCUGCUGGAGAGCACGGCGGAUAUCGUCGAAGCCAAGCUGCGUGAUGGUAAACAGGGCGUGCCAUCUCAUGCGCUGAGACUAGUGUAUGCGACCGCGAUAUCAAGAUUCGUGACCGGCAUCCUCGACACACAUUCCGAUCUCGCACGCCUCAGUCUGCCGGCACAGACCACGCCUCAAUUCCCCGUCUCCCUCCGCGAGACCCGGCACCGAAUCGUCCACCGCCAUCUCCCCUCGCUCGCCGAGCUCAAGCGCGCUGCAAACGAGAGCCUCGAGUGGCUUUGGGAACACUAUUGGUCGCAUCUAGAUGCGCUGCUCACGUCUGCUGGGAGCGCGCAGCAGCUCGACGAGUCUGAGGUCAAGGAGCGGCUGCAGGGCGUGCUGAAAAGUUAUGUCAAGGAACGCAAAGCGGAGAUCAAGAGCAGGAGUAAAAGCCCACGGGCAGCGGACAAUGCGGUCGGGGGCUGGCUGCGGAUUGGAGCUGCGGGGAGCGUGAAGGGGAAGAUACUGGUGCAUUUGCUGGUUGCGGAGAGGAACAUUCUCCCUGUGGGCAAGAAGCUGGGAAGUAGCAUGGAGGGCGCAUAUCUCAUCUGGACGCCGUUCGUCACCGCGCUUGGCACCAUCGAUUCGUUGUUUUUGCAGACACUAACCGAGCGAAUGAUUGGUGUGCUGGCCUUGCCUGGGCGCGGUACGGCAAGCGUUGAGGAGGAUCCCGCGAUGGAGGGCAUGUGUGCGUGGGUGGUCCGUAUGCUCGACUCGGCAGAAUGGCAGCAGGAGUCACAAGAGCCCCGCAGAAGGAAAUUGCUGGAUGACGUCUUGGGUCUCUGUCUUUCGACACCUACGUUCUGGACGCUAAAGCUAGCGGAGGACCUGUUGAAGGAUGGCAGUGUGCCGGGAAGAAAAUCAUGGCUCGAGAUUUUGGGAGUCGCAAAAGAGGAUGCAUAUGAAGAUGACGACGCGCAAGCGCUUCCUCCUAGAUCUCAAGCUGGUCCAGAUGAGAUGGAUGUGGAUGUCAUUGAGGCAGAAUCACUAGUCUCGGAGUCGUUGAGCGACACAAAGCAGAUGCGUGGGCCGCAGAAGUAUCCUGGGUUGUGGAGACCGCGGCCUAUCGGCUGGUUACCACCCGGGUGGUCAGAAGACGACUGAUGCUCAAAUACAUAUACUGUGAUAAUCUCAAUUACCAACUCCCAAAUUGACCGAUAGUCGUCCCAUUCUCAGCCUUGCAUAUGCACGACACUUGGCAUGCGCUUCACCUCACCAGGCUGGGCUGCAACGCGCAAGUCGUAGCCCCACGAUGAACCUAAUAUCACCCACAUCGCAUUCAACAUUGAAAACAAUAUCGUAUUAACUCGCUUUUACGGUAUAUGGAUCCAUUCGGCAUCACCGCAGGUAUCGCGGGGCUUCUCAGCUUCACCAUUUAGCUGCAACAAUGCCUCAGAGGAUAUGUCACCUCAGUUAAACACACGACUACAGAAUCACAGGAGCUCGUCGAAGAGCUUAGUGCACUAAGCGGGGUUUUGGAGCAACUCGAACGCUUCACCGAACAGCAGACUCAUCGAGGGAACAAGUUCGAAG